UCCCAGAGCCGAAUGCAUCCCAGCCUCUCCUCCUCAUCUUCUGUCAACAAACCCCGCACUUCUCUAUAUUUUUGCCUCCCACAAGUCCCUUCCCGCCUCCUUCUCCUCCCCACUACACCCACACCUCCCCAGGGCACCAACACACCGCCUGUAAAGAGAAGAGACGUGUGAGUUAAGGGAGAGGGGGAGAUAUUAGUGGUGAAAUAAGAGGAAAGUGUCUUGUGGGGUCAGUCACGUGCCUAGUGAUUGCUGCACAGGUGUCUAGGCUUCCUGCAGGACCCCUGAUGCCCUGACCAUCCCCAGCACCCUGCACCACCAUGAACCUUCUCCACAGACUGCAGGACCCUCAGCUGGUCGCCGCCUGCCAGCACUUCUUUGGCGUCAGGCACAGACCGGGAGAAAAGCAGUACUGCUACAGAGACGAGAAAGGGAGAGAACACUUGACGAAGGCUGAGGCAUGUGAAGCGAGGUCGUCUGAGAGAUUUGUGGGUCAGUGUGGGUCACGGCAGCGGCCCAGAGGCAAGGGCAAGGCUUCAGCUGACUUUCACACCAAGACACACGUUCGCCAUGGGUCGUCGGCCAGUGACGGCGAGGGAGGGAAAGGUUGGAUGUCGCUGCUGCUUGGAGAGAACACUGGAGGGACGGAGGGAAGCAUGGAGGAGGACAACACACUUUCAGAAUCAGAACCAGAGGACCAAGAAUACAUCAUUACUAACAUGUUCUGGUACCAUCUGUUCUUCUUUGCCACGGCACUGGGUGGUGAGCUGUUCUAUUCUGUGUUCUUCUGCUUCUGGGCCUGGAACGUGGACGGGGCGGUGCUGCGGAGGGUCAUCAUGGUCUGGAUGGUCACAAUGUACAUAGGCCAGGCACUGAAGGACCUGCUGAAGGUGCCUCGGCCGGCCUGCCCGCCUGCAGUGCGCCUGGACAGCAAGUGGGAGCUGGAGUACGGCCUGCCCUCCACACACGCCAUGGUGGGCGCCGCCAUGCCCUUCUCCAUCUUCAUCCUCUCCCUCAACAGAUACCAGCUGGACUGGAUGUGGGGCCUUGCUAUCGCUCUCAUCUGGUGUUCGUGUGUGUGUCUGUCGCGCAUCUACCUCGGCAUGCAUAGUGUUCUGGACGUGUUGUGUGGGUUGGUGCUGGUGAGUGGCCUGCUGGUGGCCAUGCUGCCGUGGGUGGACACACUGGACCACUUGGCCCUCACCCAUCCUGCCUCACCACUCAUCACCAUCAUCCUCACUAUCGCCAUGGUCGUCUGUUACCCUGCCACUGACCGAUGGACCCCUGCCAGAGGCGACACGACUGUCAUUGUGGGCGUCGGGUGUGGGUCGCUGCUGGGGUCGUGGGUCAACUACCAGCUGGGGAUCAUCAGGGAGCCUUCACUGCCCCCACCAUACACUGUGCUGUGGCCCACUCUCAACAUGGUGGGCCUGUCGCUGCUACGAACCUCCCUGGGGAUGGUGGUCAUUGUGGCGGUGAAGGCGAUAUUCAAGUCACUCUCAUUCGCUACCAUAUGUGCUCUGCUGCAGAUAAGGGCAGAGGAUUACAUGAACAAGACAGGCGGACUCUCCGUUCGCCACCGCCUCGUCGUUGAACUCUUCUACAAAUUCAUCACCUACAUCGCCAUCGGGUUCACCGUUGUCUACACUGGACCAGCGACCUUCAGAUUGGUUGGUAUUGAGAGACCCACCUUUUACACUGAGGUCUGAGGUGUGCUGCUGGUGGUGGUGCUGGUGGUAGUGGUGUCUGUCUCUGGCUGUCUCUCUCUCUCUCUCUCUCUGUCUGUCUUUUUUUUCUUU